UCCCCCCCACUCUCUCUCCUUAAGGAGCUGUCAUGUCUUGAGUGCUGUCUCACAGAUCAGUUUACAUGGCAAUGCACACAUUUUACUGGCUUCACACACAGAUCUCCCAGAUAUUCUAUGUGUAUCUGCUCUAAGACAGAAGACACAACACAGGACUCAAACUAACUGCAAAACUAUUCAUCAACACUGUGGUAAGAAAGCUGCUGACUAAACCAGGGUGAGUUUUGAAAUUGAAAGUAACCUCCUCACUCCAAAUGCCAUUAGGGAGUGAGAAAAUGGCCUCCCAGGCGUCUGUCGUAGAGAAGGAUCUCUCCUGUCCUGUGUGCUCUGAAACCCUCAAGGAACCUGUUCUCCUGUCCUGUGGCCAUAGCUGCUGUAUAGCCUGUCUGGAGUCAUACUGGAAACAGAUGGAAUCAUGGGAAUGUCCAGUGUGCAGCAUAAAAUGCUAUAAGGAUUCGAUGGAUCUUGCUCUGAAGAACCUGUGUAUGCCGGGUGAGAAAGUUUCAGUUAAAAAACAUGUCUGCAGUCUGCACAGCAAGCUACUCACACUGUUCUGUCUGGAGCAUGAAGAGCCUAUCUGUUCGGUGUGUGAGGGUUCAAGUAAACAUAAAACACAUGAGUGUAUCCCAGUAGAUGAGGCUGCUCUGGAUCGCAAGGAAGAGCUCUUAGAGACAGGCCUGAAGCCCUUAGAGGAGCAGCUGGAGGGAUUUAAAGAAGUUAAACAAAGCUUUGAAGAAACAGCAGAGCUUAUUAAGAGCCAGGCCCAGAAGACAGAAAAUCAGAUUCAGGAGGACUUUGAGAAACUUCACCAGUUUCUACGAUAUGAAGAGGCAGCCAGGAUGGCUGUCCUGAGGGAGGAAGAGGAGGAGAAGAGUCGGAGGAUGAAGAAGAUGAUUGACGAUAUGAACAGAGAGAUAGCAGCCAUUAGACACAACGAGAGCCAUAAAGAAGGACCUGGUAUCUGAUGACAUCUCAUUCCUGCAGGUAAGGACCAAUAUCUCUGUGGUGUCUAGAGGUUAUUUGGGAUUAGAU